UAUAAUUGUUCAGAGAGAGAGAUAUAUCGAUAUAUCACUCCCACUUUCUUUCAAUCUUUUUCUGAAUCGAUUAAGUAAUUAUUGUUUCAUAAUCGACAAUAAUAAUGCACCCUAUGGACCCAAAUGCCCCAAGGAGAAGAGGAUCUGGAGGAAUGACUACUCUAUUUGCUCAGUUGUUUGGUGUGUUAUCACUCAUUCUUUUGCUCAUAUGGCUUCUCCAUUUUCGUGGGAGCAUCGAAUAUGACUCACCAAAUCCAGCUCGAGUCUUCAAUGUUCAUCCAUUGCUUAUGUUUGGGUUUAUAUUCUUAUCUGGUCAAGCAAUGAUGGCGUUCAAGUCCGUACCAGCUCAGAAGCCUGUAAAAAAGUUCAUACACAUGCUAUUCCAUAUAAUCGCCAUAGUUAUGGGAAUUGUUGGGUUGUGUGCCGUUUUUAGAUAUCAUAACAUGAUAAACGUUGGCGAUAUGUAUAGUUUGCACUCCUGGAUUGGCUUGACUACCUUCUGUGUGUACUGCCUACAGUGGUUAGUGGGGUUCUUUGUGUUCAUGGUGGGUCGUUCGACUGCUACUAAGGACAGAAUGAUUGGGUGGCACGUGAUAGUUGGAAGAUCACUGCUAUUCAUGUCAAUAUGUACUGCUCUUACGGGCCUUAUGGAGAAAGCCCAAUUUCUUGGCCUUAAAUAUCAACACGAGUCACGUUUGGUCAACUUCCUUGGGCUCACAAUCUUACUCUUCGGUGUUUUCGUUGAUCUUUCUGUCGUUUAUGGCCGUUACGUUUAAGUAAUCAAGUAUUAUAUUUCCCAAAUUUGAUUUUUAUGUAUUAUAUCUUAAAUUUUUUUGGGUGUGAUUAUAUGUAUUGAUUGUCACAUUUACUUGGACGGUUUCAUGAUGUGAAUUUUAUUUCAAUUGUGAUUUUCGGCCUAAGAGGGCUCAAUAAUUAUUAAUGUAUUCAUAUUUUUAUCUA